CGAACCGGCGCUGUCGCCCAAGACGACCACGCCCAACUCGAAGUCCGAGACAAUCUUUCAGCACUCACCACCAUGUCUCUGUGGGUUGACAAGCAUCGGCCACGCGUCCUCGACGACCUGCACUACCAUGCAGGCCUCUCAGCACGACUUCGCGCAUUGGCAGCCUCGGGAGACUUCCCUCACAUGCUAUUCUACGGCCCCUCUGGUGCAGGCAAGAAGACGAGGAUUGCCUGCACGCUGCGUGAACUAUUCGGGAAGGGUGUGGAGAAGCUGAAAAUUGAUCAACGGGUCUUCCUGACACCGUCCAAGCGGAAACUCGACGUGAACAUCGUGCAGAGUAACUUCCACAUUGAGAUAACACCCAGUGAGGCUGGGAACUACGAUCGAGUGGUGAUUCAGGAACUCCUCAAGGAGAUUGCGCAAACGCAGCAGGUCGACCUCAGUGCGAAGCAGCGCUUCAAAGUCGUUAUAAUCAACGAGGCGGACUCACUCACGAGAGAUGCACAAGCAGCUCUCCGUCGGACGAUGGAGAAGUAUAUGUCCAACAUGCGGAUUAUCCUCUGUGCGAACUCGACUUCCCGCCUGAUUGCCCCCAUCAAGAGUCGCUGCCUGCUGGUUAGAGUGGCAGCACCUGAUGAAACUAAGACGAUCGAGGUGCUACGGUACGUCGGCAAGAAGGAGGGCUUCGACGUCCCCGACAAAAUUGCACACGAAAUCGCGGAGGACUCAAAUGGCAACCUCCGCAAAGCCAUCCUUGUGCUCGAAGCACUCAAAAUGCAAUCGACUGACCUCGACAAGCCGCUUACGAUCGCAAAGCCCGACUGGGAGACGUACUGUCACAAAGUCGCUGACAUGAUCGUCCAAGAACAGUCUCCACAGCGCGUGAUGGACGUCCGCGCGAAGCUGUACGAGCUCUUGAGCCACUGCAUCCCGCCGACGGUCGUUCUCAAGACGAUCGCAGACCGAGUCGUCGACCAGGUGGACGAGAGCCUGAAAGCGGAUAUCAUGCACUGGGCGGCGAUAUAUGAGACGAGGAUGCGCGUCGGGAACAAGAAGAUCUUCCACCUUGAGGCGUGGGUCGUCAAGGUCAUGAGCUUGUACAAGCACUUCUUCUACGAUAUAGACAUGUCUGGCUUCGAUGAUUGAUGUCUUGCGUUCCAGGAUUGUAUUGGUAUGCCGUCGUGUAGCAUUAGUUGCUUUGAAACCCCUCUGCGCUCACAGGUUGAUGCUCAACUGCACUUGUUUCACAUGAGACUGGUAUGCGUGUAUGUGUGGGUUCGAUAGCUGGCAAAGACACAUGCGUGGGCGCACGCCGUGUUGAUUCUGUC